CUUAAUUCAUCAAAAAUUAAAAAUCUUUAAGGAUUUUUUUCUUUUAUGUUAAGCUGAGUAAGUAAAUUUAUUAAAUUUUCAAAAUAAAAGAUAAUUCACUUUAUGCAUGUAAAUUAGAAAUGUCGUUCAAUUCAACUAAGGCAAUUAAUGAAAAUGCAUAUACCACAGUAGAAGUACUUACCGUGACGUUGUUUUCAAUUAUUUUUGUGUUUGGUACAAUUGGCAAUGUGUUUGUUUUCUUUUAUUUUGGAAUUAAAGAAAAACCUGCUCGUUCAAUCGAGCAACGCAAAGUACCAGAUUUCUUAUUUUGCGUUCUGGCACUAGUAGACUUUUUUGCUUCUGUUUUCAACCCACUCUUGUAUGCUUAUUGGACUUUAACGCGUUAUAAAUGGUACUUUGGUUACUGGGCAUGUAAGCUUUUUGUUCCGAUUGGGACAGUUGCUACAACUAUGUCUGGUGGAAUAUUUGUUGUAUUAUCGUUUGAUCGCCAACGCACCAUUGUUUAUCCAUUUAAACGGCACUUCAAGUUUAUCUAUAUCAAACUUAGUAUUUUUUUGAUUCUGAUAUACGCCCUAGUAAUGAACGCACAUUAUGCGUUAAAUAUAACUUUAAAUGUUAAAACAAAUAAAUGUAGUGUUCCCGACGCAGGAAAAAAAACAUACCUUGUACCCAGUAUUUUUUAUUUCUUUAUAAACGCUUGUACUCUUUUAGUUGUCAUUAGUUUUACAAAUUAUCGCAUAUUUUCAAAAAUGCUCCGUCAUAGCCCAACAAGUACGCUAGUUUUAGGAAAUGGUGCAACAAGAAGAAAAAAAGAUAAUUACAGAAUAAUUCGCUUAUUAAUUGCACUCACAACUGUUUUUUUUAUUCUGACUUUGCCACGUGAUAUCUUACAGUUUGUUUAUUUAUUAAGCUGGUGUUUUGGCCACGGCUUUGCACUCAAUAGGCCUAUAUUGACUUUGAAUUCUUUUCUAAAAGUAUUUAACGUAGCUAACUCAUGCGUCAACCCAUUAAUAUACUACAAGAUGCAUUUUGGUUUUAAAAGAUUUAUUAAACGAAGUUUUGGAAUUAAAGCUGACAAUCUGAUUCAAGGAAGAAAAAGUAGUGAUUUUAAUUUGACUGAAAGAUAUUCGAUGUUGAGCUUAAAUAAGUAUUCAUGAAAUUUUAGUGGAAUUUUAGUUUAGUGGAAUACCGCAACAAAAUAUUAACAAUGAAAAAUACUACAACAAAAGUGAAGACUACAAAAAAAAAAAAAAAAAAAAAAAAAAAAAUGUCAUCCGAGACAAAAUAGACAGAUGAAGUUUUGCAGCUGUUGAAAUAUUUUAUAUUUAUUUAGAAAACUUUAGGUCACAAAAUCGACUUACAAAAUGUUCAGAAAUAGAAGAAUCAAUAUUUGUAUAUUAAAAUAGAG